AUGAACACCAGCAACGGCCCAACUCAACAGCAGGUAACCCACACAGUCACCAACACAGAGAGCUUCCUGCGACAGUUUUUCAAGGCUCUCGACGAUCAUAGACAAAACCUGCCACAAUUUCUCAGACCCGACACGGCGAUUGUUUGGAACGGAACUCCAAUUGCUGGUCGUGACGCUUUUCUGGGCAUCUACGCUCAGAUGCCCGCAACUGUAACCCACGAUAUGUUCGGUUUCGAUUGCCACGGCGUCAAUGGAGGAACCAUUAUCAAUGCUACUGGUCGAGUUAGAAUGACUAACGAGCGCGGUAAGGAUCCCCAUGGCUUCAGCUUCACCGGCAUGGUUAGACCUGAUGAGACUCAGCCUCCUAGUGCCAGCCAGACCUCAGUUCCCCAGUACCUCGUUUCCUUUUCUUAUCGAAUUGUUCACCGACCCGAGGACUCUCAGGUUGAGUACCCUCAGUAG